GUCAUCCCAUGCUCCUCUGCGUGUUGGCCGCACGCUAACAGUCAAAUGGGAGCCAUGCUCUGGCCCCCCAGGGGGAAAACAGUGUUUUUUGUGGAGUUGGGGUCCCGAAGCUUUGUGCGUGGGCAGUCUUGGACCUGGCCACACUGAGAUAAGGAAGCCUCCUCAGCUGGUAUUGAUGCCGAAUGUGACUUUUUAGCGUAUUAAAAUGGCUGCGCCCCAAAACGCCGUCCCUUCCUUGUCGGAAUGCCAGUGCCUCAUCUGUGUGGAAAUCUUAAUCGAGCCCGUAACUCUGCCUUGUAACCACACACUCUGUAAUCAGUGUUUCCGGUCAACUAUCGAAAAGGCAAGUUUAUGCUGUCCUUUCUGUCGCCACCGGAUCUCUUCGUGGACCCGGUACCAUGCCCGAAGAAAUUCUCUUGUCAACCUGGAACUGUGGCAGAUGAUUCAAAAACACUAUCCAGAAGAAUGCAGGCUUAGAAUGUCUGGGCAGAAAUCAGAGGAGAUGGUUGAUGACUUUAAGCCAGUUUGCUUAUUAAGUAAGCCCGGGGAAUUGAGAAAAGAAUAUGAAGAGGAGGUAAGCAAGAUGGAGGCAGAGCGACGAGCCAUUGAAGAAAAUGAAGAAAAAAUGAGUAAAGAAUACAUACAGAGAUUAUUGGCAGAAGAAGAAGAGGAGGAAAGACGGCAGUCACGAAAAAGGCAAAGAGAGCUGGAGGAACAACUGAAAAGUGAUGAAGAACUAGCAAGAAAGCUAAGCUUUAAUCUUAAUUACUGUGACAGAAAGGACGUGGCUUCUCCUUUGAAUUCCACAAAACCUGGUACGGUCACAGCCAAGUCUCCAAAGAAAAGUAAGAAGAGAAACACCAACACUGGAGAUAUUCAGACAUACUUCUCACCUAAAUUUCAGUUUGGGUCAACAUCACGGUCUGAAGUUGCCCAAGAAAGCAGGAAUAUCUCCAUGUCCAAGGAAACUGACACCACUGUCGUAAAAAGCCCUGUGUGGCAAGAUACAGUAAGUGAAGAAGAUAUGCCAACAGUUUUUCCACAACUAUCCAUGGACAUUCAGGAACAGGCUGCACAGUCUUCAGUAGAGUCACCUGUACCUCAGUUGCAUGACAACGGUAGAGAAUGGUGCCUUCAACAAAAAAUGAAAAUGAAACGAAGCAAUCGUGAUAAAGAGGUACGUGUCCUAAAUAACAAGGGACCUGAAGCCAGAGUUCCCUGCUUUGGAGAAACAGAGAGUGCAUGCACUGUAUCAGGUAUGACACAGAUAAUUGAAAGUAACAAAGUUGACACAGAAAAUGAAGACGAUUGCCCACUGAUCAGUGAAGAUAUUACCAAAGGAAAAAACCAGGAAUCUUUGUUUGAAGCAGUCACGGAUCCAUGCAUUUCUGCAAAAAGAAAGAAAAUGUUCCCCAAAGCUUCCUCAGCUCCAGAGGAAACAGAAAUCCACGUUACCGAGAAUGUCAUAGAUUUGGAAUGCUUGCCUUCUGAGAGAAAUAAACAGGAAGAGCAGGACUGGUUUUUUGCAUAUCAGCUUCAGCAAGAAAUAGAUAAAGAACAAGUGAAGCCCAACCGGCAAAAAGGGUCCCCAGAUGAAUAUCAGCUACGUCAUAUGUCUUCACUUCCAGACAAAUUGCGAAGUGGGCAGAGGAAGUAUUCCAAAGACCAGAAGUUCAAAAAACAGACUGAUAGAGAGCAUUUAAAAUCUCGGAGAGGCUCAGAAAAUGAAAACUGACAGCCAUCUCUUAAGAUCCAGUUGAAACAUUCAGUUAAUGUUAACAGGAGAAAGAUACCAAAUCCUUCUACAGAUAAUUGUAAUGUAUCUAAAAGGGCUCAUUCCCUACCAUCUAGUAAGUCACAGACAACUAUUUUUCAGAUGUUUCAGAGGUAUGGAAAGUAAUGUGUGAGUAAAGGGAGUCUUUUGUAAUCUAGUAAAGCUGGAUUGUGAUCAUC